AUGGUCUGGAAAUACCGCCCUAAGCCCAAAAAGCAGAACCAAGACAUUGUGUAUAAAUCACCGGAGACUGAUUUGGUUGCGAUUUCCAAUACAGUUCCUCCAACCAAGAAGAGCGAAUUUGAAGGUUUCCCACUCGACAUUAUAAACAUAUUCUUCGAUACACUUCUCGAGCGAGAUGAACUGACCGCCAUCAUUUGUCUUGCCCUUAUAUGUCGAACCUGCUGGAGUCUCUUCCAAGGCAAACCGUGGAAGAAAUAUGUUAAAUUCGGUAACGAAAAUGGAUGCUUCUAUGAACCAUGUUUUAUCAAAUUGAUUGAAAGCUGGAUUGGCCCAGGCUACCGUCGUAUUGGCCCUGAUAGUCGGGAUAUUGAAACAUAUUUUCUAUCGCGCGCUGUGUAUGGAGAUUUUCCAGGUGCGGAGGAAAAGAAUCUGAAGGGUAGAUGGCAAGACUACAGGGCGUUGUAUCUUCGGGAUGAAGAGACGUAUCACUUAACUUAUCUUGUUCCCAAACCUUUCGGUGUGAGCGCAGAUAACUGGUUUCCUCUCGCUGCACGGCAGUUGAAGAAUGAAGUUUUGAGCUGGGACUCUUGGACUCGUACGAGGGCAAGACUAGCUGCGUCUUAUCGUCUUUCAAACUUGUACCGGUGGUUACUUGCCAACGGUGGUCGGGAAUGGCUUCUUUCUAAUAGAACGUUCCAGAAAACUGAGAUUUGCAACAAUAAUUCGAUGGCGGUAUUGAUUCAUUUCCCGGAUGAAGGCCAAUCUUGGCGUAUGGAGCCCAAGAGAUCUAAGCCAACUGGAAAAGGAACAAAUGCGCGGAAGCUCAGGGGAGCUGGCAGAUGGUAUUCUCCACUGUUCAUAUUGAAAAGCUACGGAGCAUCUGGGGGUUACUAG